CCACCCCUGAGCCCAGACACUUUUGUAGAUUCUGCUGAAUGCAUGUAACAUUGAAUAAUGUAAUAAUGAAAGGCUAAGACUCGCUCUGGAGGCUGAGAGGAUGCUUUGGCUGACAGUAUACAAGAACGUGUGGGGAGAACCAAGCUUAGGAUGAAAGAGUGGUGGAUUCAGGUGGGGCUGCUGAGCGUACCCCUCCUUGCUGUCUACCUGCACAUCCCUCCUCCUAAGCUGUCCCCAGCCCUUCACUCAUGGAGGGCGUCAGGAAGGUACUUCACAUACAAGACCCAGACCAUCUUUUACAGAGAUUCAUCAGGUGCACUCGGCAGUUCAGAUAUUGUGGUUCUGUUACACGGCUUCCCAACCUCCAGCUAUGAUUGGUACAAGAUUUGGGAAGGGCUGACCCAGCGAUUUCACAGGGUGAUCGCUCUGGAUUUUGUAGGAUUUGGUUUUAGUGACAAGCCUAGGCCCCAUCACUAUUCCAUUUUUGAGCAGGCCAACAUCGUCGAGGGGCUGCUGGGGCACCUGGGUCUCCGAAAUCAGAGGAUCAACCUUCUGUCUCAUGACUAUGGAGACACAGUUGCGCAGGAACUGCUCCACAGGUAUGAACACAAUAAAACUGGAUGUGUCCUGAUCAAUAGCCUAUGUUUAUCCAAUGGAGGUAUUUUCCCAGAAACUCAUUACCCCAGAUUCAUUCAGAAGAUUCUCAAGGAUGGUGGCCUACUGUCCCCCAUCAUCACCCGGCUAAUGAACUACUACUUCUUCUCAAGAGGACUUGGAGCAGUCUUUGGUCCGUAUACGCAGCCUUCAGCUGUGGAAUACUGGGACAUGUGGACUGCAAUCCGGACAAAUGAUGGAAACCUUGUUGUUGACAGUAUUUUACAGUAUAUAAAUCAAAGAAAGAAGCACAGAGACCGUUGGAUUGGGGCUCUGACAUCCACCACUGUUCCAUUGCAUCUAAUCUAUGGGCCCUUGGAUCCUGUAAAUCCAUAUCCAGAGUUUCUUCAGCUCUACAGGAAGGUGCUUCCCAUGUCUACAGUCUCUGUUCUAGAUGACCAUAUUAGCCACUAUCCACAACUUGAAGAUCCUGUAGGCUUCCUGAAUGCAUAUUUGAACUUCAUCAACUCCUUCUGAGCAGCUGUGGUCUUUCCCUCAAAGGUGUUUGGGAAAGUUCCUGCUUUUAUUUCCAGACCGGACACUUAACUUUCCUGUUCUGUGCAGAAUGAUCUUUGGGUAUGUUAGACUGCUGCAUCUGUGAAAGGAACUGAACCUUUGGACACUGGGAAGGAUUAACUUAGAGGGAGUUGUGAAAGACACUGUGAACAUACUGAUAGUAGUUCUGGUCCUGGGCCAGAGGGUGCAGUUGGGAACUAGUGGCAAGGAGGAGGGAUGGCACUGCUAAUCAUGCUAUUCCAAGACUCCUUCCCUGUCCUAGUGGCCAGAAGCAGCCCAGCCUCUUCCAGGAUGCCAGUAACCCAUUUGCAACCAUGUGCCAAUUAGCUUGUUUCCAGAACAGUAAGUGGCACAGUAGAGCUUUCUCUUCUCUGAAAGUGCAUUUAACUGAGCUACUGUACAGACAAGUUUUAAAAGGGGAAAAUAUCCACAUUUUAAAGAUGUGAACUAGUAA